AUGCAUAGGCGGUUCACCCUCCUGACAUCCUCCGUGUCGGAAAUUCACCUCCAGCAAAUUUUUGCCUUAGUUCCCUCUGUCCUCUCUCAUUAUCUUGAUUUCUCCCUUGACAUCCUUCUCGAAGUACUCAAAAACAUCGAAGAGGCUCGCAUUAAAUUACCUCAAAGUACAGAUGAAUUUGAGGAUGAAUCAAUUCUCAUUCAGGAAAGACACCCACGAUUGGUUGGAGCAUUUGGGAGCAUAGAUGGGCUGUCACUACCAGUACAGGUUUCAGAUGAUGUGGAAAUAGAGAAUGCGACAUAUAACGGUCGGAAAACUGAGCAUAGAAUCAACAACAUUCUUGCCUUCUCCCCCCGAGGUGUUAUUAUCGAUGUCGUUCUCAAUGCACCAGGAAGCUGGCAUGAUGCCCAUGUCACUAAACCCAUUUUUGAUUGUCUACACACACAUGUACCUGAGGGGUACUAUCUUGUUUCCGACACUGCAUUUCCUCACAGCACCUCUUCAAUUUCAGGCAAAAUUAAAGCACCACUCAAGGCUGGAGAACAUGUACCAAGUGAUCCAGCAGAGCAAGCAGAACUGCUUGCCUUCAACCACCAACUUCUUUCCUACCAACAGACUCCAGAGUGGGGAAUGAGAGCCAUGCAGGGUUCUUUUGGAAGGCUCUGGAUUCCUCUACCUAUUGGGUCUAAAGAGGACCAUUUCCGGCUGCUUGAGAUUUGUUGCCGGUUGUUUAAUAUAAGAGCAAAUUGUGUUGGAAUUAAUCAGAUAAAAUCAGUGUAUAUGCCUGUCUGGUGUGCAGGUGAAGAUGAACGGAUGUGGAAUGAUAUGGGGAACAUGCUAUUUGGUGAGAUCAGGAAGUGA